UAAACACAAACUUUUAUUUUGGAUGCGAUUAAUCGUUGCCCAUCCCUAACUUGUAUACUGACCACCACCUACCUGUAUCAGUCCAGCAUGGCCAUCUCAGACCUGGUCUCAAUUGCAAGUUCAAUGUUUUAUUCAAAGCAUUACUUCUAUACAAAUAAUUCAGUAAAAAUUAGUACACACAUGAACCAAGAUCUGUUCAGCAUUUGAAUGCACGCAUUGAAAGCCAAAGCCCCGCCUCUCAACCUCCCUCCCUAUCCGUCUACAUUGUCUCCACCUCCUGUGAUCUCAAUAUUUAAUUAAGAACUGGACCGGCAGAGCACCAGAUACACCCUCCACAAGUCUCGUCCGUUCCAUCUCCUGUUCAAACGCAUGUUUUUGGCCUCUUAUUGCAAAUGGACUUUCAGUGAAGUCUCGGAGUUCAUUCUCACCCUUUUGUAAAGGUCUGUUGUACACUUCGAGCGAAAUGGAGGAGUUUGUGGAGGACCACCAUUGCGGAGACUCUCUCUUCCCAACCUCCACCCUCAUUCCCGUCACCACCAUUUGCGUCCUGCUCUUCAUCGUUGGCGUAACCGGCAACACCAUGACCAUUCUCAUCAUCCAGCGCUUCAAGGACAUGAAGACCACCACCAACCUGUAUCUGUCCAGCAUGGCCAUCUCAGACCUGGUCAUCUUCCUCAGCCUCCCCUUCGACCUCUACCGCCUCUGGAAGUACGUGCCUUGGGUCUUCGGGGGGCUGGUGUGCAGUCUGUCGCACUACAUCAAUGAAGCGUGCACCAACGCCACCAUCCUCCACAUCACAGUGCUCAGCAUGGAGCGUUACCUGGCCAUCUGCUUCCCUUUCAAAGCCAAGGCUGCCAUCACCAAGAGGAGGGUCAAGUACGUCAUCUUGGCUCUGUGGGGUUUCGCGCUGCUUUCCGCUGCACCGAUGUUCUUUCUGAUGGGCGUGGAGUACGAGAACGAGACGAUACCUGACCCAGGCACCCGGCAGUGCAAGCACACGCGCUAUGCCAUCGACUCGGGGCUGCUGCACACCACCAUCUGGGUGUCCACCACCUACUUCUUCUGCCCCAUGUUUUGCCUGCUCUUCCUCUACGGAUCCAUCGGCCGAAAGUUGUGGAAGAGUCGUCAUGAGCUUCAUGGGCCUAAUGCGGCAGCGAGGCAGAAGGUUAAUCGGCAGACUGUCAAGAUCCUGGCUGUUGUUGUAUUGGUCUUUGCCAUAUGCUGGCUGCCUUACCACAUCGGUCGGUUCCUCUUCACUCACGUUGAUGACUACCACUCGGCCCGCCUCAGUCAGAACUUCAACGUGGCCUCCAUGGUGCUCUUCUACCUGAGCGCCUCAGUUAACCCAGUCCUCUACAACCUCAUGUCCAACAAGUACCGCUCUGCCGUCAAACACCUCUUCCUGUUGCCCCGCCGCGGCCCCAACCGGAGGCAUAUCUCGACGCAUGAUGACACCACCGCCUGCACAGAGACGCUCAAUGUGAUGAAAGAGACCAUGAUGACCAGUGGCGAGUCUCAAGAGCCGGUUCCGCUUUAGAACCGUUACCAAAUCUCCAAGAACUGUGGACCCGAUUAGACGCGUACAUUUCGAUUCUGCUCAACCUGUGCGCAUUUUAAUGUGAUUUCAAACCCUUCGAGUACAAGAAGACAGGAAUGAGAGCUCCGUCAAAAAAACAACCUCUCAAGUAGUGCGUAAAUACUGAAUUGAGUUCUCCUUCAUGUUGUCUUGUGCUUGAAUGGAUAAAUACACAGAAAAUUGUCAAUUUCGUCUUACGUCAUUGUAAACAGUUGAGAAAGAAAACACAUGUGAAACAAUAUUUUGGAUCCGUAUAGCUCUUAACCCUCUGGAGACUAAGCCCUUUUUGGUCCGUAUUCUCUAUUUUUUCAUUUUGGCUUAUAAACCAUAUGUAAUGGUAAUGGAGAUGGGAUACUAUGUGUUUGGUCUCUAUGGAUUCAGAAGACCCUAAGCUAACAUAAGCAUGCAUGUAAUGUAUUAGUAAAGGAAGUAUGAGUGAAAAAUGUACAAUAUAUUAGAGAAUUUCAAAAAACGAAAUUCGAUUUUUGUCAUUUAUUUCUGAAAAUCACACAUCACACAACAAUAGUGAACAUUUUUUGAACAAAAAAUAUAUUUCUCAAAGCCUUUGCUUGACAGACAUGUGUAAUUGUUCAAUAAAAUGUGUAAAGAACAAUGAAAAAUCGAACUUUAUUUACAAAUAGCCACGUGCGUUUUUCUUGGGAAUGCUUAGAACUUUCUAAGCAAUGCUUUCUCCUCGUCACUCUCCAGUAAUUGUUCCAGAGCCUGUUCCACCGUAAAUCGUUUACUGCUUGCCAUCAUAAAAGAGCUAAAAUAAAAAAUAAUGCUAUAUAUAUAUAUAUAGUACCACCCCUUGCAAGGGUACAGAGUCAUCCGAUUUACGGUGACCUUAACCGUACAUGGUAACCUUGCCCUGAUUAAGAAAAAUAUUUCUCCAUCAGCAAUUUUUCCAUUGGUUGUUGCUUGUGAAUCUGCCAAACAACAUCGAUUUCAUUGGCCUUUGGUGGUGUGUAUACAAGCCGGUUAUCUCCGGGUAUCCGGUUAUCACUGUUUUCAGCGGAAUCUGAGGAAGACGACAAAAAAGACCGCACCUCUCUGUCAUGAAUAUUUUUUUAAGAUAAGUACACAUUUGUAAACGUGUGUAAUUUUGGGCGGUGCCGCCCAAUCUGUCCUCAGAGGGUUAAAGUGACAGCAGCCUAAUAAACCUGCCGCCGUCUGUGUUAAAGGGUAACUAAACCCCUGGUCUCAGAGCCUGA